CUUUGAACACCAAGGCGCGAAAAUCUCCUGAUUCUCCCGCCCCCUCUUCGCGACCAAACCCUCUUCUUCUGCAAAUCCAAUCUCCCCCACGUUCCUCACCCUAAAAACCUCAUCUCCUUUAUUUCCGCCCCCGCUCCUUCCCCUCAAAUCCCUCUCUCGCUCCUCUUCUCCGGUGACUCCGCCGCCAUGCACCCCCAUCCUCACCCUCACCACCACCACCACCAGCCCCACAUCUCCCCGGCGACUCCCGGCGGCUCCACCGCUUCAUUCGACUACAACAACAGGCACUCCAAAAAGCAGCGCGGCAGCUACAACUGCGGCAGAUGCGGCCUUCCCAAGAAGGGCCACGUCUGCCACCUACCUCCGCCGCCCGCCGCCGACUCUCCCGUCGCGGUGGUCACGCCUGCUCCCACCUCCUCCUCCUCUGCCGUUGCCGCAGCCUCGCUGUCCUCCUCCCGACCCCCGCCGCCGUCAUCCGUUCGCCACCAGAGCUCGAACCUCCGCAGAGCGUUAUCGUUUGACGAUAUCGACAUGCGAUGUGACUCCCCGGAGCUGGGGGAGCUUGGUUCCGAGCUGGAUCUGGAUGGAUCGGGGCCCGGCGGGCUGCCGUCGAGCUGUACGUGGGAGGUGCUCAGGAGGCUGCCGCCGGCUGGGUUGCUGGCUGCGGCGGCUGUGUGCAAGGGGUGGAGGGAUACUGCGAAGCGGUUGUGGAGAGCUGCGGAGGAGCUCAGGAUUAGAGUUCCUCCCCGAGCUCAGCUAGGGUUUGUUGGAUCUGUGUUGCAGAAGUGUCCUGGACUUGUUAGGCUCAGUCUUAGGAUGGAAAGUGAUGUGGAAGCAACAAUGCUGGCUUGCAUAGCGUUUUCCUGUCCCAAUCUGGAGUCCAUGGAGAUAUGUAUAUCUGAAUCUGCAGUCAAUCGCAUCACAGGAGAUGAGUUGGGCCGUUUUGUUGCUGACAAACGUUGCCUCACAAGCCUUAAGAUGGAAGGAUGCUCUAAUCUGGGGGGCUUUGUUCUCUGUUCAUCGAGUCUAUCCACCCUUUGGCUUUCAGAUCUUCAUUCUCUAUCUAAAAUGGUGUUUAACUGCCCCAAUAUGAGGGAGAUUUCGCUGGAAUUUUCCUGGCAAGAAAAUGACAUUACCGAUCUUGUUGGAAUGGUUGAUAAUAUGGGUAGGAGUUGUAGUAGGUUGCAGAACAUUCACAUUGCAUCUGUUAGGCUUUCUCAUGCCGCUGUGCUUGCACUUACAGCUGCAAACUUAAGGAGUCUGAGAAUGCUUUCUCUUGUGCUUGGAGCUGGUAUUACUGAUGCAUCUGUUGCUGCCAUUUCUUCAUGCUAUUCAAAACUUGAAUUGCUUGACCUGAGUGGGUCCAGCAUUAGUGACAGUGGUAUUGGAAUGAUCUGCAAUGUGCUUCCUGGAACCUUGUCAAGACUGCUCCUUGCUCUUUGUCCUAACGUCACUUCGAGUGGAAUUCAAUUUGCUACUGCCCAGUUGCCUCAUCUCGAACUCAUGGAUUGUGGCAUGACCAUAUGUGACCCAAGUUCUGAUAGUCCAAGCAGUGGCGGGAGUAAUGAAUUUGAGUUGCAGACGACAUUUGAAAAUAAAUUACACCUAAUAUACCAGAAGCUGAUUAUCAAGCAUGCCCGACUUAAAAAACUCAGCCUGUGGGGCUGUUCUGGCUUGGACGCUCUAUGCCUCAACUGCCCAAAACUCAAUGAUCUGAAUCUCAACUCCUGCAAAAACUUGCAUCCAGAGAGACUGCUCCUUCAAUGUCCGAGUUUGGAAAGUGUACAUGCAACAGGAUGUCAUAAAUUGUUGGUUGCAAACAUCAAAAACCAGGUGAGUGUGACUAAUAAUAGCAGCCAUACCGUUUCUGGGAAAACGAACUUUCUAAACAAAAGGGCACUUGAUGGGUCAAAGAGAGUAUGGGCACCCUACGGGCUUGGGCAGCAGCAGCAUCAGCAGGUUAGUGAGUUUGAUGAUGAUAAGAAGAGGAGAAGAAUGGGGAGUAGUAGUAGAAAUUGUAGCGUAGUUUUAGAUUGAUCGUGAUGUUACCUUGUGUGUACACUGUAGACAUAACAGGACAAAGUAAGCAAAGGGAUGGCAGUUAUAUGAGCUGUGAAUCCCAGUAAGCUUUGCACUGUUUGUAAUUUGAGGAUAGUUCAUAAUGGGCAGAAUUUCUGCCAGAGCUGCUGCACCUGUAGAAUUUGCAAUUUUCUUAUAUUCAACUCUGGCGUAAGACAGCUUAAAAAAUAGAUCAAAUGUAGUGAGGUUGGACCGAACUGGAUGUUAUUGUUGGAAUUGUUUUUGCUCUUUUAAUCAAAUAAAGACUAGAAAAAGUGAAUUUUGAUACUGAU